AGUGGGGUUUUGUCGAAAACACGCUUUCCAUCGAACAACCGGAAAAGAAACAGUUUAAGGAUUAAUUUUGUUUGGUUUAUAUUUGUCCGCGCCUUAAGAAUCCCAGGAACUUAGCCAUCAUGUUAACAAACAAGGUGUUUAUGAAGAAAACCAAACGCGGGAACAUCCUAAAGAUUGUCCGUGAACACUACCUGCGCGAUGAUAUCUGGUGCGGUUCCGGUGCCUGCCGAAAGUGUCCGCUAUCCGAGAACGACAUCGUACUGGACGGUGUUCCCGAGUCGCUAAGUGAACAAUAUGCCUUCCCCCACUAUCUGCUGCUGGACACGAACAUCAUCCUCUACCAGAUGGACCUGCUGGAGGAAUCGGUGGUCCGCAACGUGAUUAUCCUUAACACCGUCUUGGACGAGGUGAAACAUCGCAGUGCAGUGAUGUAUAAGCGGCUGAAAGCGGUCAUCUCGAACCCCAGUCGCAAGUUUUACACCUUCGUGAACGAGCACCACAAGGAUACGUACGUUGAGCGUAUGCCGGGAGAAUCGGCCAACGAUCGGAACGAUCGUAUGAUCCGUAUGGCGGCCGGAUGGUACGAGAAGCAUCUGAAAUCCACCGGCCCGAAGGGACAGUCCCUUCGGAUCGUUCUUUUGUCCGAUGAUGUUGAUAAUCGCAACAAAGCGAUCGACCAGGGGUUAAUUGCAUGCUCGGCAGCGGAUUAUAUCAAGACUGCCCGAUCGGAGUAUGCUAAUCUGUUGGAUAAAAUUAGCCAACGGGAAGGUGGCGGCGAGACGAAGGAACCACUCUUCCCAUCCCACCUGACGGCCUCACAGAUCCACCAAGGCAUCAAGAACGAGAGCCUGCUGCAGGGUGCCUUUUUGGCUUCGCGAGAAAACUAUCUAGAAGGGUACGUCCGCGUGGAGGGUAUCGAAAAGCCGGUCCUUAUCCAAGGACGAUUGAACUUAAACCGUGCCGUAGAUGGCGAUGUCGUUGCCAUAGAGAUGCUGCCCGAACGAGAGUGGAAAGCACCAAGCGAUGUUGUGCUGGUAGAUGAACAGAAUGAUCCGGGUGAUUUAAUCGAACCGGAUCCCUCUUUCAGUGCCAGUGCCAGUGCCGUGGCGAAGGAACUGCUGGAACCGACGGCCAAGGUGGUUGGCAUUAUUAAGCGCAAGUGGCGACAGUAUUGUGGCAUUCUGCUACCGAGCCACAUUCAAGGCACCACGCGGCACAUCUUUGUGCCGGCAGAACGGAAGAUACCGCGAAUUAGGAUUGAAACGCGCCAAGCGGCCACAUUACUGUCACAACGCAUCAUCGUAGCCAUCGAUCAGUGGCCUCGCCAUUCACGCUACCCACAGGGUCACUUUGUGCGCGCGCUCGGACCAAUCGGUUCGAAGGAGACGGAAAACGAAGUCAUUCUGCUGGAACAUGACGUCCCACACAAUCGAUUUUCCGAGGAAGUGCUCGCCUGUCUGCCGCAGCUUCCAUGGACUAUCACUCCGGAAGAUCUUAAACGGCGUGUUGAUCUGCGCGACAUCACCAUCUGCUCAGUGGAUCCCCCGGGUUGUACGGAUAUCGAUGAUGCGCUGCACGCUCGCCGUUUACCGAAUGGCAACAUUGAAGUUGGUGUUCACAUUGCAGACGUUAGCCACUUCAUACGGCCAUGUAAUGCACUCGAUCGUGAAGCUGCCAGCCGUGCCACUACUGUCUAUCUGGUGGACAAACGUAUCGACAUGGUGCCGGAGCUGCUUAGCUCCAAUCUGUGCUCAUUGCGGGGCGGCGAAGAACGAUUCGCAUUCUCCUGUGUCUGGGAGCUGGAUGAUGAAGCGAAUGUGCUGCACGUAAAGUUCCACAAAAGUGUGAUCAAAUCGAAAGAAGCACUCACGUACGAACAGGCACAGCUAAUCAUUGACGAUCGCUCGCAAACGAACGAUGUGGCCGUUUCGCUCCGUUUGCUGAACCGAUUGGCGAAGAAUUUGAAACGGCGACGAACGGAGAACGGAGCUUUAGUGCUUGCAUCACCGGAAAUCCGUUUUCAUGUCGAUAGCGAAACGCACGAUCCUAUCGAUGUGAAAGCGAAGCAACUGCUCGACACCAACUCGAUGGUAGAGGAGUUCAUGUUACUAGCCAACGUAUCGGUAGCGGAGAAGAUUGAGAGUGAGUUCCCUGAAUGUGCGAUGCUUCGGCGGCAUCCACAGCCACCGCAAACCAACUUUGAGCAGCUGGUUAAGGCUGCGCAACAUCAGGGAUUCAAGAUUAUAACGACCACCGGCAAAGAGCUAGCAACCAGCCUCGACGAAGCGGUUAAUCCAACCAAUCCGUAUCUCAAUACGAUGUUGCGCAUCCUGGCCACACGCUGCAUGAUGCAGGCGGUCUACUUCAUAAGUGGUACGUUGCAGCGUGAGGAAUUCUUCCACUACGGUCUGGCUGCCCCGAUCUACACGCACUUUACCUCACCGAUCCGUCGGUAUGCCGAUGUGAUCGUUCAUCGUCUACUGGCCGCUUGUAUUGGAGCUGACUCCACAUACCCAGAGCUGCUGGACAAGAAGCUAAACUCAAAUCUUUGCAACAAUCUAAACUACCGAAACCGUAUGGCUCAGUACGCUGGUCGUGCUUCGGUCGCCCUGCACACCCAUCUGUUCUUCCGCAAUCGGUCCGAGGAUGAACAAGCUUUCGUACUGUUUGUGCGUAAGAAUGCCCUCCAGAUACUGGUGCCAAAGUAUGGAUUCGAGGGAACGAUCUACGUGGCGGGACGAGACAAUCAGGAGAUUAAAAAUGGUGUCCGAUUCGUCUACGAUGAGGAGCAGCAAACGCAACGCUGUGGCGAUGUGGUAUUCCGUGCCUUCGAUCCCGUUACCGUGCGGUUGAGCCUUGAUUCAACGAAUGUACAGCACGAAAAGCUCGUAUUCGAGCUGGUGCGCCCCUACAUCGCUGGAUUCAGUGUUGACACUGGGGAUGUCAAGGACGAAGCAGCACCAGCAGCAGCAGCAGCAGCAGCACCAGUUGCAGAAACACCUGCAAAGCGGAAAGCUGAUCCAACACCAAGUAAAACGAAGAAAAACAAAAAGGGGAAAUAAAGCAGUGAAUCCCGUAAAACAUGUUUUACGCACCAGUACAACAAGCAAAAAUGUUAUAAUAAAUACAAUAUUCAAUUGUAAAAUGGUUUUCUAUUGUUUGUUUUAUUUUAAGGAAACAU